UAUGUAAAUAUUUUGUUCUUUCAUUUUGUUGAGGAAUACGGGCUAACCAUCAUCUUUAAUUCCUGCGAACCGGCCUAAACUGUAAGGUAUCUUUAAAAAACGUGUUCUCUACGAUGUUAUAAAAUAAAUGAAAAUAGGAAUGGGCGUUUUCACUAUUAACAAAAAAUGAUAGAAUGUCAAAUAACUUAACAGAAUGUAAAAGAGAUGGAUUGGUGCGGCACUACUUUGACGCGGGUUAUACACUGAGGAACAGUGGAUAUAGAAACAACCUUUUUACUACAAAAAUUGUGCUGGAAAAUGGCCGACUCCGGUGAGUCGAGCACGAUUCACAAUGUCCUGAGGAAGUACCAGCGGUAUUUGAUGGUAUACAUUGCCUUUGUGGAGUUGUUCAUCGUAUGCGGACCUCUAUACAACUACAGUAUUCUGUUUUUGAGUUUCCAGAAAGAAUUUCACACCAGUGCUGCUCUAACGGGAUGGGUUGGGUCAAUCGCCAACGCGAUCUUCGGUAUUUGUGGCCCGUUUUGUGCACCUCUUAUACUUCGCUUUGGUCUCCGCACAAUUACUCUGGUUUCUUCAGUGAUGUUUUCAAUUGGACUGGCAGCAACGUCAUUUGUUCCAUCUCUAGUUUAUGCACACAUUACGUUUGGAAUCUUGGUUGGUGUCGGGGCAGGUACAGUGUGCCAAGCCGUGAUGACGCUGGUGAUUGACUGGUUCCCUGGAAAGGACUGCGCCCGUGGGACGUCAAUGGCAGUAGUCGGGACGUCUUUCUGCGUACUCACAUUUGCGCCUUUGUUCAACACGCUUACAUCAGCAUACGGCUGGCGAAACGCUCUACGCAUUGUCAGUGGUGGGAGUUUGGUGAUAACUUUAGUUCAUGGCUGUUUCAUUGUUGAACCGGCACAAGUUGAAACUUCGAAGAGCAUUACCGAAGAAGGAGGGAGCUACAAAAUGGUGGAGACCAACACUGGGGAGAAGGACGACGGUGAUCAGCCGCGUGACGUCACAGAGACUGUAGGGAAGAGAAUUUAUAAACUUCUCCAUCAAUCUGAAGCUUGGCUGUGGCUCACAGCUGGUGUUCUCUACAACAUUGGAUGGACUUUUGUCACAAUUAAUUUCGCGAGCUUUAUGGAGUACGACCUGCACUUCACGGCUAAACAGAUUUCAAUUACUUUUGUUAUCUUUGCUGUCGGUGAAAUUGUUGGGAAAUGUUGCUUCUCUGCCUUCGGAGGCCGUAUUCCUUUCCUGAAACUGUACUGUGUAGCUGCCGGUAGCUUACUCGGUGGAGCUGCCUCUGGUGUAAUGAUACUACUUCGGACAGUUCCCCUCAUGUAUACAGUCGCAGCAUUAAUGGGCCUGUUCCGUUCUGCAUGCUUCACGAUGGCCUACACAACUGUCCAAGAGCUCUUUGGGGAAUAUGGUGCAGACAUUGUUGUUAUGUUUACGCACGCACCUUAUGCCUUUGGGGUUCUUAUUGGUGCACCGAUUUCAGGAGUUCUUUACGACUUGACCGGAGACUAUACACUGAGCUUGCUUACAGUACUGGCAACAUUCGCAUGUUCUGUUGGUUUGAUGCUAGCAAUACCAGUCCGUAGACGGAUUAAAUUGAGGUUGAAAAAAACAAGGAUACCCAAAGAAGAAACAACCGAAAAGUGCCUUGAACUUGCCAAUGCAUAGACUUGAACAAGUCUUGAUCAACCAAACAUCGUAGCAAUUUUGUUUUAUGCAAGUCGCCAGACACACGAAGGCCUGAGAGUCACUCUAUGUGUGUGCGCUACAAACAAACUGUUUUUAUCCCCUUAUAUUCCAUACGGAAGUAUGCUUGGGUAUCAUCCAUCAGAAGCCUGGCUCGUAGAGCAGAAAACACUGCCUCCCAAACUUGUGCAAAGCGAUCAUGG